AUGGAGGACUACGAUCCGAGUGUCACUGAAGAACAAGAGGAAGAAAUCUCGGAGGAGAAGAUCAUUAAUGAAGGUAAUCAACGCCGUUUACUGAUGGAUAAAACCGGAUUGGAAGCUAAAUUUGAAUCAGAAUACAAAACAUGGAAGAAAAAUGCUCCGUUUCUGUAUGAUAUGAUCUUGAGUACAGCGUUAGAGUGGCCUACUCUCACCACUCAAUGGCUGCCAGAUAAACAAGAAAUCCCUGACAAACCAUAUUCAACACAUCGUCUGUUGAUUGGCACUCAUACCUCGAAUGACGCGCAAAACUACUUACAGAUUGCCCAUGUGCAACUACCAAACCCACGAACCCCCGACGCGGAGGACUACGAUGAUGAGAAAGGAGAAAUCGGAGGAUAUGGAGGCGCGGGGUCCCAAAAAGCUCCCAUGGAAGUCAAAUUUCAUAUCGUGCAAAAGAUUGACCAUAAAGGAGAAGUGAACAAGGCGCGAUACCAACCGCAAAACCCGAAUAUAAUUGGUACCAUGUGCACCGAUGGAAGGGUUAUGAUUUGGGACCGCUCUAAACAUCCCAGCCUACCUACUGGCACCGUCAAUCCCGAAUUGGAAUUGCUCGGGCACACAAAGGAAGGAUUUGGUCUAAGUUGGAGCCCGCAUAGCGCGGGGCAUCUUGCGACUGGUAGUGAAGACGAAACCGUUCGGCUCUGGUUCGUGCGAUCAAUGUUGCUUAGCUCCAAACGCGUUCUAACACCUUCUAGGGACCUUACCCAAUACACCAAAGGGAAUAGGGCUUUGAAACCUGUGCGGACAUAUACACACCAUUCCUCGAUUGUAAACGACGUCCAAUACCACCCGCUACACUCAUCUCUUAUUGGCACGGUAUCCGACGAUAUCACUCUCCAAAUUUUGGAUAUUCGUGAACCCGACACAUCGCGAUCUGCUGCAUCAGCUACGGGCCAACAUAAAGAUGCAAUCAAUUCUAUCGCUUUCAAUCCCGCGGCAGAAACGGUACUCGCCACAGGCUCUGCGGAUAAAAGCAUCGGCCUAUGGGAUUUACGAAAUUUGAAAUCCAAGCUCCAUGCCUUAGAAUGCCAUCAAGAUUCGGUUACUACUUUAGCGUGGCAUCCAUUUGAAGAAGCGGUCUUGGCAAGUGCGAGCUACGACCGGAGGAUAAUGUUCUGGGAUCUUAGUCGAGCGGGCGAAGAGCAAACGCAAGAAGACUCCCAAGAUGGUCCGCCAGAGUUACUGUUUGUACAUGGUGGCCACACCAACCGUAUUUCCGAUUUCAGCUGGAAUCUUAACGAUCCUUGGGUUCUCUGCUCUGCCGCUGAAGACAAUCUGCUUCAAGUCUGGAAAGUGGCGGAUGCGAUUGUUGGGAAGGAUAUGGAGGACGUGCCCACGGAGGAACUGGAAACGUGA